AUGGCGGACCAGCUGACCGAGGAACAGAUCGCCGAGUUCAAGGAGGACGCGGCCUUCUGCCAGACGGAGGUGGUGCUGUUCCACCGCCAGGCGAGCGCCGAGCCCGAGGCCGCGCAGGGCCCGCCCGCCCGCAGCGAGGUGAACGCCCACAACGUCCAGAUGUUCGCCAUGGGCGUGUCCUGCAUCCUCAGCGUGCCGGUGCUGAAGGCGCUGACGGGCCUGGAGCCCUGGCUGGGCAUGCUGCUGGCCCUCGGGCUCAUGUGGCUGGUCACCGACGCGAUGAGCAGAGAGAACGAGGACCUGCCCUUCAAGCCCGCUGGGCCGCCGCAGCACGGGGUCGUGGAGGCCCUGCGGAAGGUGGACCUCAUGGGCCUGCUCUUCUUCGCGGGCGUGCUGCUGGCCGUCGGCUGCCUGAACGCGGCGGGCGUGCUGCAGAGGUUCGCGCGGCAGCUCGCGGGCUGGUGCGGCGGCAGCGACGUCAUGCUGGCCUCGCUGCUGGGGAUCUCCUCGGCCAUCGUCGACAACGUACCGCUGGUGGCCGCGUCGAUCGAGAUGUUCGACGACGUGCCCGUGGACGACAAGCUGUGGCAGCUGAUCGCCCUCGCGUCCAGCACGGGGGGGUCCCUGACCAGCGUCGGCAGCAUCGCCGGGGUGACCUUCAUGAACAUGGAGGGCAUCAGCUUCGUGUGGUACAUCAAGUACGUGACCGUCUGGGCCGGCGUCGGCUUUGUGGCGGGCAUCGUGGCCUACCAGGCCCAGCUUGCGCUGUUCGGCAGCCCCACCUGACGCGGGCUCCGCGGCCGCGCCGCCCGGGCGCCGCCCGCGGGGGGCAGAGGGGCAGCUGGGAGGCCCUGCCUCCUCGCCUCCCCAUCUCCGGGAGAUCACAGUUGAACGGAGGGCGAGGAUGGCGCGGCUGCUCAUCGCGACUAUGUGCGGAUGAGACGGCUGCUCGUCAAGUUUUCUGGUGCGCGGGGGCGUCUAAAGGGCGCCCCUGCGCGCGCGGGCGCCACCCGAGGCCUCCAGGGGCGCGGCCCGCCCGAGGCCUCCCAGAGGGCCCGCCCGGGGGCCCCCCCGAGGCGCGCCGCGCGCGCCCGGAGGGCGCCGCGCCCCGCGCGCGGCGCACGAGACUCCGCGCUCGGAGAGCGCCGCUCCGCGCGUGCCGCGCGC